ACGUGAUUUAAAGGGGGGAAACUCUUCGCCAUUACACGCUCGAUGAUUCACGAACUUUCAGGAAUGUAAACAGUAAGGAUUAUAACAACAUGCUGAGUCAGAAUGCAUCACAAACAGUGUACACUUUAGUCAUAUGUAUCUACCACUUAAUAAGGUAAAAGAAUGAAACUGGACAUCAUGAGGGUUCCAUACAACUCAAAUUUUUAUCCAGAUCCUCCAUCGGAUUUUUUUGACAUGUUCCAAAGGGCCAGUCGAGAAUUGAACCCUUUUAGAGAAAUUCCUGUUUUUGUAGAACCUUCUCCUCACCUCACAAACAGUCAGGAUCAGACAAACCGAGCCAGCGCCUUGUUCAAUGGCGCAGAUAUUCCGGGUGACUUUUGGGAGCCAGUCAGCCCAGACGAAGUGAAAAGACUUCGAAGGAAUAAUAAAAAAUCUUAUGAUAGAAAUCAGCUUGAAGACCCUGAAUCCCCAGAAGGAGAUAUGAUUGAUUUGUGUGAUGGGGGGGAGUGUGGUGUUUCAAAUCUUUGUGUCAACAAUAAUGGAGUGAAAGUCCCAAGUCGUCGUCGGAGUUUGUCCAAGUCUGGAAAACGUAAUGGGUCCAAGGCAGAGGAACUCCAUGGUGUUCAGAGAACUUUCUCCAGCAUGACAAACAGUUCUGGACCGUCCGAGAAAUGGGUAGACAGAGAUACGAAAUCAGAAGUAGCGAAACAGAGAGUAGAAAAGGAUCUGGAGGAAGCCUUUAUAUUCAAGCCCACAUUGGAGAAGGAAAACAAAGAUUGUAAACAGCUGGAAUACAUUGAUGUUGACUCAGAAGAAGAGGCAAAACAACUUCAAAACCUCUGUGAUUUUUUCGGAAGUGACAGCAGUAUUCAUUUAGCAAACAAAACCUCCGAAAAGAAUGUGAAUAUUAUCGCCACACCUAGUUACCCUGCAUACGACAUUAUCAAAGCUAUCUUGGAUAAAGAAGGUCGAUGCGUGGAUUAUAUUCGAGGGGAUGGCAAUUGUUUCUUCCGAGCUCUUAGUAAAGUGAUAUAUGGGACAGAAAGCUGUCACAGGGAUCUACGACAAGCAGUUGUUGAUCUUUUAGAGACCUAUCCAAAGGAGUUUGAACAGUUCAUUGAUGAUUCUGUAGGCGAACACAUCAAAUCCAUGAGGAAACCGGGGACGUGGGCCACACAGGCAGAAAUAUACAUCACUGCCACGCUCCUACAGCGGGACAUUUACGUCCUCUCCCCCGACCACACGGGCGAUGUGUAUCGCUGGCUUCUCUUCUCACCGAGGUUUGCCUACAAGGAGGCGUCUGUCUACGAUCAGUGCUACAUAACACUAUGCCACACCAAUGGCAAUCAUUACGACCGAAUAGCUUCUGUGGAGAAGAAAUGUAACUGUUAUGUCCCCCCUCCACAGAUGAUGGGAAUUUAUGGGGAAGUUGAUCUUACCGAUGACGUUGUCUGAGUCCAUGCAUUCCAUAUUUUGUUCUUUUUUCUCAUUUUGUGUCGAGUUCACCGAGUAUUUUAUAUGUAUUAUACAGAGUUUGCUCAUGUGCCAAAUAUUGGAAGUGUUCCUGUAUUUUCAUAGUUAUUGAAGUUAAUGAAUAUUGUAAAGCAGCAAUAUGAAUCGUGGUGCAUAUUAUUUUAUAUAUUUUUAAUUCUGUUAAGAGUGAAAAUAACACAUGAUGUAUUAUAUAUAAUGUGUGUAUCUUGAUAUUUGAUGACUUGUUUUUGAAUAAAGCUUAUAAAAGAAUA